UAUUUGAAGUCUACAUUUUAUUUAAUAAAACAAACUUGCAAUUCACUGCACUGCAUAGAUGGAAAAAGCAUGGAAAGAGGCGCAUUGUUAGCAACGUGUGGUCUGCUGUUGCAGCAUAAAACGGAGUAGAGCUUCAUCCUCUGCUCUUGCACACUAAGACCCUUCUCUUCCUUAGCAACCCCACUUCUUAGUUACACAUCCACAUUUGCUUGUCUUGUUUAGGUGGUUGGUGAGAAUGUCAGAGACAUUCAUAUUCACACUUUCUCUGGUUAUGCUAUGUGCUGCUUCAGCUUUUGCAGCAGUUCCACACAGGUUGCCAGAAGUUUACCUCAAGAAUGGUAACUUUGAGGAGAAUCCAAACCCCAAAUACCUCAAGAAAACGAGACUGAUUGGGAAAUAUGCUCUUCCAAAAUGGGAGAUCAGUGGUCAUGUUGAGUAUGUCUCAGGGGGGCCACAACCUGGGGGUAUGUACUUCCCAGUUAGUCAUGGAGUGCAUGCUGUGAGGCUUGGAAAUGAGGCCUCAAUCUCACAAACCAUUAAGGUCAAACCUGGCAAGUGGUACGCUCUAAUUCUAGGAGCCUCAAGGACUUGUGCUCAAGAUGAGGUUUUAAGGAUCUCAGUGCCUCCACAAUCUGGAGAGGUUCCUUUGCAGACCCUUUAUAGCCUCAAUGGUGAUGUUAUCGCUUGGGGUUUCCGUCCCACUUCUUCUGUUGCCAAAGUGAUACUCCACAACCCUGGAAUUCAAGAAGACCCUGCCUGUGGUCCACUCUUGGAUGCCGUUGCUAUCGCAGAAUUCUGCCCUCCAAAGCCUACAAGAGCUAAUUUGGUUAAAAAUCCGGGGUUUGAGGUGGGUCCAUUCCCUAUUUUCAACUCUACAAACGGUGUUCUACUUCCUCCCGAACAAGAAGAUCAUGUGUCUCCACUCCCUGGUUGGAUGAUUGAAUCCCUCAAAGCCGUGAAGUUCAUAGAUGCAAAACAUUUCAAUGUACCAUUUGGACAGGGAGCAGUAGAACUUAUUGCAGGCAGGGAAAGUGUCAUUGCCCAAAUUCUCAGAACAGUUCCCAACAAAAUUUACAACAUGAAGUUCACAAUUGGAGACGCCAGAAAUGGUUGUCAUGGAUCAAUGAUGAUUGAAGCGUUUGCAGCAAAAGAUACCCUCAAAGUUCCCUUCAAAUCUGAGGGAAAGGGCGAAUUCAAGACUGUGAGUUUCAAGUUCAGAGCGAUUGAAAACAGAACAAGAAUCACAUUCUAUAGCUCCUUCUACCAUACAAGAAUUCAUGACUACGGAUCUCUUUGUGGCCCUGUUAUUGAUCAAGUUAUAGUGUAUCCUGUCGCCUGAACACUGCUUUUACCAUACCUAAUACUAGUGAUUUAUAGUUUGCAUUGUAUGAGAAGAUGAAAAAUAUUGUGUCGGUCUUGGUGACUAAAUUUAUCCUUUCCUUUUCUUCCUGUAACACAUGAGAAUUUCAAUAAAAUGAUGUUUUGGAAGUAUGGACUUCCUCGAA